AUGAAAGCAAAGUUCUCAAUCAUUCCAUGUGUAAAGCGAAAGGAGGAAAAGGAGGAAAGAAAGAGAUCAUUCUUGAAGAAUGGAAGCAUGUUACUAAAGGAUCUAAUUGCUUCUUGUUCUUGUGAUGGAAAAUCUCAUCCUAUUCGUUGUUACUCUGCUGCUGAGCUCAAUAGAGUUACCAACAACUUUGAUCGCUCUUGCUUUAUUACAGAUGGAACAUACUUCGACAUUUACAGGGGUAUUCUAGAUGACCGAACAGUUAUCAUUAAGAAGCAUUAUAUCGUCGACUGGGCUAUUCGUGAUAUUAUCAUAUCAAUGCAGAUGAGCGCCCAUAAGAAUUCCUUGAAAUUAUUAGGCUGCUGCUUAGAGUUCGAUACACCAGCUUUGGUGUUUGAAAAUGCAGGAAAAGGAGGUCUCAACGAUGAUGGGAGUUUAGCAGUGGAUAAUGAAUUAUUACCAUGGAAAACUAGACUGCGUAUUGCAAAGCAGCUUGCUAGUGCACUUACAUACCUACAUACUGCCUUUCCAAGGCCCAUCGUUCAUAGGAAUCUGAGAUCCACCUGCAUUUUAUUGGACGAUGACUAUGUUCCCAAACUCUCCGACUUUUCAUUCUCCAUAACCAUUCCACCUGACCAAUUGUAUGUUCAAGACAAUUUCGCAAUAGGGACAUCGGCGUACAUGGACCCUACUCACCGAAACUCCCGUCGAAGUUCAGAAAGAACUGAUGUUUAUACCUUUGGUGUGCUUUUACUUGUAUUCUUGACGCAAAGAGCUGCAUCAAGACGACAUGGAGCAGAAAUUGAACUCCUUAUUGCAGAUUCGAAACUUAAUGUUCCUGCUGGACAGAUUCAAAUAGAGACAAUUGCGGACCCUAAAAUCCUUGAGGAAGUCGUGGGAGAUGAGCAAGCACAACAGCAACUGCAGGAUUUUCUAGCACUGGCAUUGUUAUGCAUCCAAGACGAAAAUGAAGCAAGGCCAGAUAUGAUUGAUGUGGCCAAAGAGCUUGUAAGAAUUGACAAGUCUAUCUUGCCUAUGUAG